AUGCUGGCGGUCACAGCUACUGCCCAAGACUCUUCUCUGGAGUCGGGGUCCCCUAGUCCUGCCGGUUCGACUGGUCAGAUCCCGCUGGCCCAGCAGGGGCAGGAACAGCAGCGGCAACAGCCUGCCCCAAAGCUCAAGGGCCGUCACAAGUUGCUGCAGAGUUUGCAGCGGAUGUCCUCGACGCCUGCACUGACGCGUCGUAGCCGUUCCGCCUCUACGGGUUACCGUCGUGACGGCAAGGCUUCGUUGUCCUGCGUCUCGCUCACGUCGUCGUCUGCUGCCUACCAGCCCUGCUGGGGUAAUGGGAGUUCCUCACAGCUGUACGGCGGGCUCGCAGGCCCGCACCUUUCGUCGGGUGCGGCGAGUCCUGCCGCCGACCUGUCGGAUGGUAUCAGUCCGCGGAUUCGUCUUGUUCGUCCGGAUACCCCCAAUGCUGCAUCUCUGGCAAGGACUGUACCCAUGCCACUUGACCGGAGACCAGCCUCCAGGGGGGCGAUCGUCAACGAAGCAGUCGCCGUCGUCGUCGCCGCCGCAGCAGCAAGAACACCCAAGCCUCAACGGCGGAUCGAUUUCUGGGGGGAGAUGCCCCACGAACUUCAGAUGCGCAUCCUAUGUUACCUCCCCCCCCGGGAGAUUGUCCGCUGCUCCGCGGUCUCGCACGCGUGGCGCAAGAUGUGCUACGACGGCCAGUUGUGGGGUACAAUCGACACUACCGACUACUACCGCGACAUCUCUGGCGAGGCGCUGGUCAAGCUCAUCACUGCAGGUGGGCCAUUUGUCCGUGAUCUCAACCUACGUGGCUGUGUGCAGCUGCAGGACUGGUGGCAGGCGGACGGCGAGCACAUCUCGGACGUCUGUCGGAACGUGGUCAAUUUCUCACUCGAAGGCUGCGCCAUUGAUAAGACCUCAAUCCACUGCUUCCUUCUGCGCAACUCCCGGCUCAAGUCUGUCAACCUAUCUGGCCUCCUCGGCGUGACCAAUGCCGCCAUGAAGAUCCUCGCCCAGUCGUGCCCCCAGCUGGAGACGCUCAACGUCUCUUGGUGCGCCAAGGUGGACACUCGUGGCCUGCGGAAGAUCGUCGAGGCUUGCCCGCGCCUGCAGGAUCUGGGGGCCAGCGAGAUCCGCGGCUUCGACGACGAGAAAUUUAUGAUCGAACUGUUCGAGCGCAACACCCUCCAGCGCCUUGAUCUCAGCCGCUCAGACGUCACAGACGACAGUCUGCGCGCUCUCGUCCUGGGCCUCGACCCGGAGAUCGAUCUCCUGACUGACCGUCCCAUCGUGGCCCCGCGUCGGCUCACCCACCUCGACGUGCACCAGUGCCUUGACCUGACGGACCGCGGCCUCGCCACGCUCGCCUUUAAUGUCCCCGAGAUCGAGAGUCUGCAGCUCUCGCAGUGUCCCGGGCUGACAGACGACUCGAUCAUUGACGUCCUGCGCACUACCCCGCUCCUCACGCGCCUCGACCUCGAGGACCUCGACCGGCUCACCAACACAACACUCAUAGAGCUGGCCCGCGCGCCCUGCGCCGCCACCCUGCAGCACCUCAACAUCAGCUACUGCGAGAGCCUCAGCGACAUCGGCAUGCUCCCGGUCUUCAAAAGCUGCCCGCGCCUCCAGUACGUCGAGAUGGACAACACGCGUGUCUCCGACCUGUCCCUCAUGGAGGCUUGCUCGCGCGUCCGCAAGCGUGGCUACGGCGACGGCCUGCCACGCGUUGGGCUGCACCUCGUCAUCUUUGACUGCGCCAACGUCACCUGGGCGGGUGUCAAGGGUGUUCUCUCCAGCAACGCUCUUAUUCCUCGUUCCCGUCGGAAUCUUUCGGUUGCUGCUGCGGCGGAGGAGACCACCGCCAGUGGCACUGCUACUUCUAGUAGUACCGCCACUCCACUCACCACCACACCCCCCACCCCCUCGUCGACCCCGCCCCUGCCAGCACCCACCUAUCCAAACGAGAUCAUCCAGCUGAAAUGCUUCUACGCUUGGCAGGUGACGGUAGACGAGCACACACGGCGCGUGCUGCGCGGGGACCUUCGUGCCGCGAGCCGACUGGACCGCAAAUGGGCGGAUCUUAUGAUGGCUACCGAAGAGGCCGGUACGGGAGGUGUCGGAGCACGGCGGCGGCGGCGACGUGCGCGUGAAGCGGAGCGGCUGUAUAACGCCGACGACGACGAUGGGGAUGAUGUCUAUGCCGGGACUGUGUCGCCCGUGACGGGCAGACGGAGGGCGCAGUCGGGGGGAUGUUCUAUCAUGUAGCCUUUGCUUGUGAUUCUCUUCCAUCUUUACUUUUGUCUUUUCACCUUUCCUUCUCCUCAUCUCCUCUCCUUCUCUUCCCUUCUAUCAUUGGAGUUGAUAUAGCGGGUCUUAUUAUGCUGGUCAUUCAUCUAUGCUGGUCAUUCAUCUAUGCUGGUCAUCUCAGUGAUGACAUGAUAUGUCUGCAUCUGUUAGCUUGGAGUCAAGGCUGUUAGAUGAAUGAAUGAAUAUGAACAUGAAUUAAA